CAAGAAAUAUCACAAAUUAAAGCAGGUGAAGCCUCCGGCUGGGCUACGACUAUCAGUACUGAGCGCCACUGGCCCUGUCAAGUGCGAACCAACCCAGUCCUAGGAGCAGCAGCCAGCAAGUAGCAACUCUGCUUUGUGUUUGUGAUGUCUCCCCGCACCGCCGAGCUGCCCCUCGCCGACGCCGACGCCGACGCCGACGCCGACCGGGCGCGGCUGCAGCAGCUGGGAUACAAGCAGGAGCUCAAGCGCGGCCUCUCCCUCCUCUCCAACUUCGCCUUCUCCUUCUCCAUCAUCUCCGUGCUGGCGGGCGUCACCACGACGUACAACACCGGCUUGCGCUACGGCGGCCCGGCGUCCAUGACGCUGGGCUGGCUCGUCGUCGCGGCGUUCAACGGCUGCGUGGCCCUGUCCAUGGCGGAGAUCUGCUCGGCCUACCCGACCUCCGGCGGGCUCUACUACUGGAGCGCCAAGCUCGCCGGCGAGGACUGGGCGCCACUCGCUUCCUGGGUCACCGGAUGGUUCAACAUCGUGGGCCAGUGGGCCUGCACCACCAGCGUGGACUUCUCGCUGGCGCAGUUCGUCCAGGUGAUCGUCUUGCUUAGCACGGGUGGAGCCAAUGGCGGCGGAUACAUGGCCUCCAAGUACGUAGUGCUGGCCAUCUACUGUGCCAUCUUGAUCCUACACGGGCUGAUCAACAGCCUCUCUAUCCAAUGGCUGGCAUGGUUUGGCCAAUUUGGAGCCUUUUGGAACCUUGCAGGUGUAUUUGCCUUGACGAUAUUGAUUCCUGCCGUUGCUAAGGAGAGGGCAACCAUGGAGUUUGUCUUUACCCACUGCUACACCGACACUGGUGUGGGGAUCCACAGCAAGGUUUAUGCACUAGCCAUCGGUUUGCUGACAAGCCAAUACUCCCUCCUCGGAUACGACACAUCCGCCCACAUGUCAGAGGAGACGAAGAACGCGGCCUGGAGCGGGCCAAUGGGGAUCGUCGUCUCCGUUGCUCUGUCGAGCGUCUUCGGGUGGAUCUACCUGGUGUCCCUGACAUCCAUCGUCACCAACAUCCCGGCCCUCCUUGACCCCAGCAACGACGCCGGCGGGAACGCCAUCGCGCAGGCCCUGUACACCGCCUUCCGCUCGAGGUUCGGCAGCGGCGCCGGGGGGAUCGUGUGCCUGGCGGCCAUGGCCGUCGCCAUCUUCCUCUGCGGCACGGCGUCGGUGACCAGCAACUCAAGGAUGGGGUACGCCUUCUCGAGAGACGGGGCGAUGCCGUUGUCGCCGGUCUGGUACCGGGUGAACAAGCAGGAGGUGCCCUUGAACGUGGUCUGGCUCUCCGUCUCGGUGGCGUUCGUCAUGGCCCUCACGUCGCUGGGGAGCCAGGUGGCGUUCCAGGCGAUGGUGUCCAUCACGACGCUGGGCAUGUACAUCGCCUACGGGCUGCCCAUCUUGUUUCGGGUGACGGCGGCGCGGAGGUCGUUCGUGCCGGGGCCGUUCCGCCUCGGGAAAUACGGCGUCCUCGUCGGCUGGGCGGCCGUCGCCUGGGUGGGCCUCGUCACCGUGCUCUUCUGCCUGCCGGUGGCGUACCCCGUCGCGGUGGACAACUUCAACUACACGCCGGCGGCCGUCGGGGGCGUGCUGCUGCUCAGCCUCGCCGCCUGGGCGCUGCACGCCCGCUUCUGGUUCCAAGGGCCCGUCACCAACCUCGGCGACGCCUCAUGACCGAUGAGGAGAGGUGGCCACCCACGCUCUGUUUGUUUGUGUUAAGCUACGAUUCGGUCUUUGUUUUUGUACUUAUCGACCUUCUUAAUCCUUUUUUUCUUUAGACAAAUCAGCUUAAUCUCUCUGACGUGGUAGACCUGUUCGCCAAACAUUUGGUUCUGCUUAACUAGUAAGGUGACCCGCGCAAAUAGCGCGGAUAGCUAGUUUUUUUCCUUUCUAAUCUCUAUAUUUUUCGAUAAUGUUAUUGUAAUUCGUUUUCCAAAUAGUUCAAAUUGAGGGUCAUCUAUAUCAUUUUACAUUAUUUAUAUUUUAUGAAAUAUUUUUGGAACA